CACAGCCGCGGGGGCCGGGGCCGGAGGCAUGGCGGGGGCGGGGCUGGGGGAGGCGCGUGCCGAGCAGGCCGGGGAGUUCUUCUCCCCGGCCCUUUGAACGAGGACCGUACAGAGAUGUGAUAAUGGAUCAUCAUGUUUCCACCAUCAAACCUCGAAGAAUCCAGAACCAAAAUGUCAUUCACCGCUUGGAACGGCGGCGAAUCAGCUCAGGCAAGGCAGGCACCCACUGGCAUCAGGUCCGAGUGUUCCACCAGAAUGUCUUCCCCAACUUCACGGUCGUCAAUGUUGAAAAGCCUCCGUGUUUCUUGCGUAAAUUCUCGCCUGAUGGGCGCUACUUUAUUGCUUUCUCCUCAGACCAGACCUCUCUUGAGAUCUAUGAGUACCAGGGCUGCCAGGCAGCUGAGGACUUACUGCAGGGCUCUGAGGGGGAGAUCCUGUCCAAUGGCAACGACCAGCGGUCAGUCAACAUCCGUGGCCGGCUCUUUGAACGCUUUUUUGUCCUGCUGCAUAUUACCAACGUGGCCGCCAACGGGGAGCACCUGAACCGGGAGUGCAGCCUCUUCACCGAUGACUGCCGCUGUGUCAUUGUGGGCUCAGCUGCCUACCUCCCGGAUGAGCCGCACCCCCCUUUUUACGAGGUUUACCGGAAUAGUGAAUCUGUGACCCCUAACCCCCGGUCCCCCCUAGAGGACUAUUCCCUUCACAUCAUCGACCUUCACACGGGCCGCCUGUGCGACACCCGCACCUUCAAGUGUGACAAGGUGGUCCUGUCGCACAACCAAGGGCUGUACUUGUACAAAAACAUCCUGGCCAUCUUGUCGGUGCAGCAGCAGACAAUCCACGUCUUCCAGGUGACUCCUGAAGGCACUUUCAUUGAUGUGAGGACCAUUGGCCGCUUCUGCUACGAGGAUGACCUUCUCACGGUGUCGGCCGUUUUCCCGGAGGUGCAGCGGGACAGUCAGACGGGCAUGGCCAAUCCUUUCAGAGACCCUUUCAUCAACUCGCUGAAACACCGGCUGCUCGUGUACCUGUGGCGCCGGGCAGAGCAGGAUGGGAGUGCGAUGGCCAAGAGGCGCUUCUUCCAAUAUUUUGAUCAGCUGCGGCAGCUGCGCAUGUGGAAAAUGCAGCUUCUGGAUGAAAACCAUCUGUUUAUCAAGUACACCAGUGAGGACGUGGUAACCCUGCGGGUCACAGACCCAUCACAGGCAUCUUUCUUCGUGGUAUACAAUAUGGUGACAACAGAGGUGAUUGCCGUGUUUGAGAAUACAUCAGAUGAGCUUCUAGAGCUCUUUGAGAACUUCUGUGACCUCUUCCGUAAUGCUACCCUCCAUAGUGAAGUCCAGUUUCCCUGCUCAGCUUCCAGCAACAAUUUUGCAAGGCAGAUCCAGCGCCGGUUUAAAGACACUAUUGUAAAUGCCAAGUAUGGAGGGCACACAGAGGCAGUGCGCCGGCUGCUGGGUCAGCUCCCCAUCAGUGCUCAGUCUUACAGCGGGAGCCCCUACCUCGAUUUGUCUCUCUUCAGCUACGAUGACAAGUGGGUGUCUGUCAUGGAGAGACCCAAGACUUGUGGAGAUCAUCCUAUCAGGUUCUAUGCCCGGGACUCUGGUCUGCUCAAGUUUGAGAUCCAGGCAGGCUUACUGGGCCGCCCCAUCAACCACACCGUGCGACGCCUUGUUGCCUUCACCUUUCACCCUUUUGAGCCUUUUGCUAUUUCAGUGCAGAGGACUAAUGCUGAGUAUGUUGUCAACUUCCAUAUGCGACACUGCUGCACAUAGGUGCCUCACCAAAGCCCAGUUAUCUGGUCUUCCAAGACAUUGCCCCCUGCUUGUGUCGGUGGACUCCGAAGCAGAAGCUCCUGGCUGCAGCUUUGUCUGAUCCAGACUGUUGUACCCGAGAGGGGAGAGCCAGGGAGAGGAGCGAGGGUGGCUCAGUCUAACGGAAUACGUAUCCCAAUGGACACGGAAUUGUUAUUGUAUCCAAAUACUGAUGGAUUGAAAGUCCCCUGGUCUUUCCCCAGUGGGAAUAUCCAGCAUUAAUUACGUCCAUUUAAUUGUUGUCUUAUUUUGCAUUUUAUUGCUUUGAAGAUGAAAGCAUUACCCCGUUCCCUUUGCUCUUUGUUCUUUGACAUUAUGAUCUGUUUUGGCAUUAUGGCAGUCUGAAGCAGGGAAGUCUUACUGACUCAUGGGAACUGUGUAUAGCCGACAAUGGGGCUGUCUUUAUUAAAAAAAAAAAAAAAAAGAAGAAGAAGAAGAAGAAUAAAGCCUUGCUAUUUUCUUACUUAAAUGUAUCCCAUUUGUUGAUUGCCUUAUGUCCUACCUCACCAAAUGCUUUUCACCUUAUGGGUUCUAGGAGGGACUGUGAAAGGGGUCAGGGGCCAUGACUCCAGGGGCCACCCUUGGGAGAACUUAGUGGUGUGUGCCAGCGUGCAAGGGUGUUCUCGGCCAGGACUGUUUCCUUCCCUGGGGUUUUCUCUCCUGGUAAUUGUUAUAGCUGGAGAACUGGGCAUAAUUGCACAUUGUCAUGAGGAAGCACAUUCCCAUCUGUACCAUCUGUGUCAUGCGGGUGGAGGAGUGAGUGGUUCUCUUUGGCCACAGCAGAUACAAACACUGUGUAGCACGUACAGCGUUCGGGGAGUGAGAGCUGGCAGGCUCCUGGCGUCUCUAAAGAGAUCAGACUGGUUGUUCCUGGACGGCUAAGCCAUCACAGCUCCUACAGACACCUUCUGGCCCCCAGCCCACCUCCUUCCGUAUGGUCUCAGCCCGUGAUCUCCAGCGGCCCCGUCAGGCUGUUUAGGUUUCAUCUGCAUAAUGUAUAAACCGUUUAUGUAGUAAGCUUGUUCAGUAACAUCUGACUUUGAAAGCCAUCUCGAAAUGUUGGGUUUCAGAGCAGGUUGUGAAAGAUGCCAUGGAUGCAAACAAUUGGAUUCUGUAUCCCUCUGACAUCCCUUGGGAACGUGAUAAAUGCGGUGUGAGACACUGAAUCCCACUCAAAGCAGUUCAGCUCACUUCAUCACCUUCAGUAUUGAACAGCUAAAUUCAUUCUCAUUCAGCAUUCAACACAGGAUUUGAGCACCUAGUACGAGAGGGAGAUGUGCUACGAUGUGGAAGAUAAGGAGAGAAAUAGGCAAAGAGAAUUCUAACGCGGAAUGGCCAAAACCCCCGUAGCAGUUGUCUGAGAACAGUGGAGGUGAUGAAGGAGAGGUGGAGAAGGAAAGCUCUCCUGGGGAAGGGACUGGAACUGGAUAAAUGGGAGAGUGUCGCGUGAACCAGGGCCGAGGCCAGUCAUGUCGAGGAGAGCCCCGGCAUGCCUAAAGGCGUAGAAGCAUGGUAAGGGCUGUCAGGGUUGUGGAAUGGUCCCUACCAAGGCUGCAGCACCAGCUGUGCGGGAGGCCAGGGGAAUGAGGCCCAACCAAGAGGAAGAGUCUUGUGUGUGGUGCUGUGUAGGGUUUUGUGCAGUGGAAGACCUCAUCUGAAUUUCACGGAGACCGAGUUGAGCAUUCGGGAAGAUGGUUGGGGGGCGCUAGAGACUGGAGAUAGGCCGACAAGCCAGUCGCUGGUAAUUCAGAGGAGAAAGGGAGGGUUGGGAUGACAUCCCUGGGCCUUGGGAAGGGUGAAAUACUGAAGCGUCCUCCUAGAUUCCUCAUAGGUCAUCACAAAGUCAGGGUCCCAUGGCAGUCAGACGUUUGUGGGGCUCAACGAAUCUUCAUAGAUGCACUUUACCUGCAGCUUUGUCUUUGUACUGGUCGAUGGAUUGUUCCGGAGGGACUUGCAGCGUGGAAAGAGCAUGGAGUGUGAAGUCACUCGGACCUCGGUGUGAAUCCCCGCCUUUCUGCUCAUUAGUGGUGUGACCUGGGGCCAUUUCCUAGCCUUUUUGAAGCUCAGUCUCUACUUCCCUCCACCUUCCUCAUCCACUCCCCUGGUCCUGUCUUUCAUCACAUGUGACUACCGAGCAAUCCUCAUACACCUUCCUUGUCUGUUUCCUCUCCUGUCCCCUAGAAUUGCUGCUUGACACCUUCUUUUCUCUUCACGACUCUUCUCCAUUUCUCAUAAUCACCUUGCCCCCAACUCUGUGACAGAAAUAAAAACAAUGAGGUGAGAAAUCCCUUCUCUUGCACCAUAACAGCCACGUGACUUGGCAUGUGCUCUCCUUCCCCGCCUUUCCUCCUGGGUAAAAUAGCCCUGCUUCCACAGAAGGUCACUUCCUCCACCUGUCCCCUGAAUCCUGUCUCUUCUUUCCAUGACUUCUCCAUGUCUUCGCCCCCACGAUGAUUCUUUUGGCCAUCUUCCUCUUGGUAAUCAUGCUGUCAGCAUGUUAGAUGCCCUUUAGGAUUUUUCUUUAAAACCUCCUGCUUUCAGAGCGCCUGGGUGGCUCAGUGGUUAAGUGUCUGCCUUCAGCUCGAGUCAUGAUCCCGGGGUGCUGGGAUCUAGCCCCGCAUUUGGCUCUCUUCUCAUCGGGAAGCCUGCUUCUCCCUCACCCACUCCCCCUGCUUGUGUUCCUUUUCUCACUGUCUC